AUGACUAGAAUGAGUGGUGUAAAACAGAGGAAUGUCAUCAGAGAAACAUACGGCGCGGGAGUGGUGAAGUACAAUGUUUCUGCGAAGAUUUUAUUCCUUACUGGAAUCUCCGGGGACUAUAAUUCAACUCUGCAAGCUCAGCUGCAAAGUGAGGCUGAUAUUCACGGAGAUAUUCUACAAGAGGACUUUAUUGAUAGCUACUACAAUCUAACCACUAAACUCAUCAUGGCCGCCAAAUGGGCAUCCACAUUCUGUAAAAAUAGUAAUUAUGUAAUGUCAAUAGAUGACGAUGUCACUCUGGACAUCGUUAACCUCGUCAGCGACCUCGAAGCAAAUGUCGUUCUUUCAAAGUUUGUGUUAGCCGAGCCUACAUUUGGCUGGAAACCUAUGCGGGAUCCUGGAGAUAAGUGGUAUACUCCAUAUGAAUUCUAUUCGAAGAAGACAUGGCCUCCUUUUCCUCGAGGAUACGCGUAUAUCCUCUCCAUAGAUGUUGCCCAUGAUAUCUAUUGUGCCUCUCAGAAGACGGCUGCACCGAUACCCUGGGACGAUGUUUAUUGUGGUAUGCUCUUACAGACAUUAGGGAUGAAGAUGACGGAUAUAAUAUCUUGGUUUCAGACUAGACAUGGACAUGAGAAACAAGUGGCUCCAUUGGGAGCUCGAGACCACUAUGCGAUUUGGGAUAAGCCCCCAAUACAGACCUGGAGAGCAAUUAUUGAACAAAGAUACAAGAACAUUCACUUGUAGUGAAGUUUGCCUGUCCAGGAAAAAUUACUUGUUUUCGAGGGUUUCCUAGAGCUGCUUUGUCCUGUUGCUGGUUAGGAAGUUGGUUCGACAUAACGGGUGUCUGUUUGUUGAACUUGUAAUAUGUCAUGCUCAAAUAGUUUCAAUUAGGUGUAAAUAUAGGUUUGUUUGUUUGUUUGAUUGAUUUUAUUUCUGCGUUCAAAAAUAUACAAAUUCAAAG